CAGGCAAAGAAUUGGGGGAAUCUCAACUGACUAGUCUCGUGAAGGAAGUCUCCGAUCCUAAUAGGAUCAAGGACCAACUGUCACAUUUUGCUGGCGAUAUAGUGACGGGUGUGGGACUUCUAUUCAAAGGUUGUAAGACAGGCAUCUCGGAUGCGGAAACGCGCAGACUACACAAGAAGCUUCUGAUCCCUUUCAUUGUGGCUAUAGUUGUGUCGUUUAUAGUAGUGAAGCUCUUGCUGCUGCCGGUCUUGGGCGUGAUGUGGCUCGUAUCCCUGACAACAACCCUAUCCGACAGCACGUGGGAGUACGCCCACGACAUCUCCAACCAGUUUGUGUUUGGUGUGCCGUUCAUUACCAUGCAAGUCAUGCGCUACUUCUACUUCGAGCCCUUUGAGAAGGUCUUCUUCUCCUGUCUGCGCGUGCAGGACAAUGCCUUGGCCGAACGGCUGCUGAGCUACGAACCCAGGUCUGGUAAGAAGAAUAUGAUGAUCAUGCUCAAGAAAACGUACCACUUGGCUAAGCUUGGACUCGUGUACGCUCUGCUGUCGUCCAUCCCAGUUGUCAAAGCAAUAGCGCUCCCGAUUUCUGAGUAUUUGGUUAUGCAUAAGAAAUUCGGUGUCAAAGUGGGGCUACUGUACUUUGCGGCCUAUGGCAUUGGCCUGGGCGUCUAUGCACAUGCCGUACAGUCUUAUUGGCUGGGCAGUCGCGUGCUUUCCGGCGAAUUGAUUGGUGCUACCUACCUGUUCAGGUGUCGUCUAAGCCAUGAAGAUAAUUCCAAACUCACUAAGAAGUUCGACUCAGUGUUCCUGGGCUUUGGUCUGCCCCUGUUCGUGGCCUUUGCGGUGCCAUACAUUGGGUGUCUCUCCUUUGGCAUUGCCUUUGCCGCUGCCUCGUCUCUCGCGUCGUAUGUGGACAACAAUUGUCGCGAGUACACGCACACCAUCGACACACCCUCGCUACUAUACUCCACGCGGCAAGAGAAACAGAUUAAGACCGGUCUAUUGAGCGAUAGUAGGAAGGACAUCUAGAGGCGCUAAC